CGGCGCGCUGGGCCAGAGAGCAGGAGUCAGGUGGGCAGACGCGCAGAUGUAACCAUAGCGACGCAGGGCGCAGCUUGACACCGCCGCCGCCGCCGCCGCCGUUGGAGAACCGCCCCCCGCAAGCCCAGGCAGAUCUUGCUGCUGCUACUGCUGCUGCCUGGCUCCGCAGACCCAUUCCACCACUCACUCACCCCUCAGAGGACCGCGUCUCGCUGCUCUCUCUCUCUUCCUCUCUCUCUUUCUCUGUCUCUCUUUCCGCCGGCUCACUCGCUCGCUCUCAUCCACCGCUCUCGUUGCCAAUCGCAGACUCUGAAGGGUCGUCGCCACGCAGCGGCCUUCCACCCCCAGGAUGCGGCACACGGGCGCGGUGCUGCUGACGCUGUUCAUCGGGGUGCAGGUGCUGAUCAGCGCGUCGGACGCGGGCAACGACACGCGGCUGCUCCGCAUGAACGGCGACAUCAUCCUGGGCGGCAUCUUCCCGAUGCACGAGCACCGCGGCGCCGGUCACCAGUCGCUGUGCGGCGCCGUCAAGGAGGAGAAGGGCGUGCAGCGCCUCGAGGCCAUGCUCUACGCAAUCGACGAGAUCAACAAGGACCCCGACCUGCUGCCGGGCAUCAACCUCGGCGCCCUCGUCCUCGACUCGUGCAGCAGCGACACCUACGCCCUCGAGCAGUCGAUGGAGUUCGUCAGGUCGUACAUGAAUCAGGACAUGUCUGAGUACAAGUGCCCGUCUGGCAAGCCGCCAGUUUACGUGCCGCACAAGCCUGUGACCGCGGUAAUCGGAGCCUCGUUCAGCGUCGUCUCCAUCAUGGUGGCCAACAUCUUGCGUCUCUUUAAAAUACCGCAAAUGAGCUACGCGUCGACGAGCACCGAGUUGUCGGACAAGUCGCGGUUCGAGUACUUCAGCCGGGUGGUGCCGCCCGACAACUUCCAGGCGCAGGCCAUGGUCGAGGUGGUGCGCGAGCUCGGCUGGAAAUACGUCAGCACGGUCGCCGUCGAAGGAGAUUACGGCGAAAAGGGGAUCCAGUCUUUCAUCGAGAUCGCCGCUUCUUCGGGGAUUUGCAUCGCCGUUUCGGAGAAGAUCCUGCGCAACGCGAAAACAGAGGAUUUCGACAAAAUCGUGGAGCGACUGGUGCAAAAGGCUAACGCCAGGGGCGUCAUCAUGUUUGUCGACGAGGAUAACACCAGGAAACUUUUGAGCGCGACCGUGCGAGCCAACAAGACAGGCCACUUCACGUGGUUUGGCAGCGACUCCUGGGGGGCCAAGGUGCACCCCGUCAAAGAGCAGGAGUGGGCCGCCGAGAGCGCCAUCACCGUCCUCCCGAGGCGCACGGCCAUCGAAGGCUUCGACGAGUAUUACAGAAGCUUGCGGCCACGGCUCGACAGAGAAGCGUACACCAACACAACGAAGCUGGCCAAAGUUGGCAACAAACUGGUCAACUCGCGCAACAUCUGGUUCCGCGAGUUCUGGAGCCAGCAUCACAAGUGCUCGUUCAACGAUUCGUUCAGCCCAAAAUGCACGGGCAACGAGACCAUCAACGACUACGAGCAGGAGGGCCUCGUCCCCUACGUCGUGGACGCUGUUUACGCGAUGGCGCACGCGAUCCACAAUCUCAUCAGCGACGUGUGCGGCAGCGAACCCUUCAGCCUGUGUGAUAAAUUGCGGCCCGCGCCUCCCGGCGUCGACCUGCUCGAAUACAUUAGGAACGUCUCGUUUACAGGGCGGCAGGGGUUCGAGAUAAAAUUCAACAAGGACGGCGACGCGUUCGGCAGCUACAACAUUUAUCAAUACCAGAGGAAAGACGAUAAAUACGACUACGUGAAAAUCGGGACUUGGGAGGAAAGACUGAAAAUGGACAUGAGCAUGACCAAGUGGAAGAACAGCACGGUGCCCAAGUCGAUUUGCAGCGAAAACUGCGCCACCGGCCACAUCCGCAAUUUCCAAGACCAGUGCUGCUGGGUGUGCGUGGCAUGCCGCGAAGACGCCUACGUCUUCAACGACACCUGCAAACCGUGCGAGCCGGGCCAUGCGCCAAGCCAAGACAAAACGUUUUGCGUCAAACUCCCCGCCCAGGUAAUCGAGUGGGGCAGCCCAUGGGCGUUGGUGCCGCUGGCCUUCGCCGUGAUCGGCAUCCUGAGCACCAUUUUCGUGCUGCUGGUGUUCAUUAGGUACAACAAGACGCCGAUCAUCAUGGCUUCAGGCCGCGAACUGUGCUACGUGCUGCUAAUGGGCAUCCUCGCGUGCUACCUGAUGACCUUCGUCAUCCUGGCGCGGCCCACGCAGCUCUCGUGCUCCAUCCUCAGGGUGGGCCUCGGCGUGUGCCUCACCGUCUGCUACAGCGCCAUCAUCACCAAGACCAACCGCAUCUCGCGCAUCUUCAACCGCGGCAUCCGCAGCAUCCAGAGGCCCUCGUGCACCUCGCCCAGCUCGCAGGUCAUCAUCUGCCUCGGCAUCGUGUCGGUGCAGCUGCUGGGUGCGAUCGGGUGGCUGGUCUACGAGAAGCCGGACGUGCGGGAGGUCUACCCGUACCCGCUGACCGUCGUGCUGACUUGCGGCGUGUCCACGUUCUCGCUGAUGAUGUCGCUUGUGUACAACAUGUUCCUCAUUCUGCUGUGCACGCUGUAUGCCUUCAAGACGAGAAAAAUUCCCGAAAACUUCAACGAGGCCAAGUACAUUGGCUUCACCAUGUACAGCACGUGCAUCGUCUGGCUCGCAUUUGUGCCCAUCUACUUUGGCACUAACAACGACUACAAGGUGCAAAUAGCGAGCACCUGCAUGUGCGUAAACAUAAGUGCUACCGUAGCGUUAGGCUGCUUGUUCGCGCCGAAAGUGUACAUAGUGCUGUUCCAACCGAAAAAGAACGUCCGCCAGGGCAACACCCAGGUCAGGUCGACGCGCUUCUCAGCCAGCCAGGAGGACCCGGCUCCAGGCGCAGCGGGAGCAUCCAAGCACCGACCUGGAUCGAGCAGCACAUAUGUGAUGCGCUUCUCAGGACGCGGCGCAGCGGGCUGCAUGGGCAUGCAGAGCAGCCAGUCGGCCCAGUCGAUGACUUCUGGCUCGGUCAGCCCCAACAAGCAGGUCAACGGCGAGCCGUCCACCCUGGCGUCGCCCAGCGUGGAGGAGAGCAGCCUCAGCUAAGUCCGGCCCAGUUCGAAAUAAGUGUGUUUAAAAGGAGCUCCGGGAAGGUCUGUGCUUUGCUCACACUGUUUUAACAGUGCGGAAUGAAAGUCCGAGAGCGCCUCUAGCGGUGGGGAAAUUAUUAUUAAAAUAGAAAAUCGGUAUCUGUUGGAAAAAUCUGGUGGAUACUCUUUUAAAUUACCGGUAUUUUUGUUUUCUAGCCACCAGAGGCGCUAGUGACACGACUUUAACGGUUUUUCUUACAAUAUAUGUGCCAAAGUGUGUAGUUUUCACAAGCUUUAGGCGUGUGAGUGAAGUUCAGAGGUUUUCGGGGAAGGUUUUCCGCGAGACAGAGAAAAGCGCUUCCACGAUGUUCAUUCCUGUAGCUGAUAAGCGAGACGUGAGACGAAAGGGGCGUGGCCUGGUGUCGGCGAGCGUCGGCCGGUGGCGCCUCCGUCGCGUCUCCACGCAGCCGUUGGCAAACCUUUUGCCCUUUUGCUCUGAAAAAGGUUGGCGGCGACGUGGAGCGCACCCUGAGCCCUUUGGGGGCGCUACCAGCCCUCCUCCCACGGGCCACGCGCACAAAGCACGUACAAGGAAGGCUCAAAAUCGCUUGUGAUGAUUGAAAAACAAACGCAGAGUAUUUAAAACUAAUUAUUAUAUUAUAUUACGUAAAAUGAAUAAAUAUCAAUGAAAUGUCAAUUAUGCGCUGCUCUCGACUUCAGCUGUGAAUGCUCUCCUCUAAUGUUUGUUUCUCUCAAGAAAUUCGUUAUGUGGCAAUUCGUUAAAUGAGGAAGCAGUCAAUGGUGUUUGGAGCCGCCACGAGAUGGCACCACCGGCUGUUUGCAGCUUUCGGGUAUUUCCUCUGUGAUUUCAGAUUCAAUCCUGCUGCUUUUACAUUUUUGGCGGGAAUGGAUUUCAUUUGACGUUCCGAAAACCAAAAUCGAUAAAAGACCCUCUGAAACCACAUUUUUGGAAGUCCAAUAUAUUCCUGAGGGUCGAAUAGGGCGGGGUAAUUAGUUUUUCUGAUCCGAAACUUGUUUUUGACAUGCGAUCAGAGGCGCAAAGCAAAACGUCACAGCUCUCUUAGCUGCCAAUGCGAAUUAAGAGGAAGGGGUGACGCUUGCGCAGUAGCGAACAAAAUGUUCAUGCGUUGCGCGCGCCAAAGCAGCGUGCGUUUUGCUUUGCGCCUCUGUUUGCAUGUCACAAACAAUUUUUCGAUCGGAAAAACUAUUUAUUCCACCUAUUUCGACCCUCAGGAAUCUAAUGGAACACACAAAACUGUAGUUUCAGGGGGUCUUUUAAUCCAAUCGCAAUACAGCUUGUCAAAUUAAACCUAUUUUCCGCCAAUGAUUCAAAGAAUCAGGAUUGAAUCAGAAAUUUCAACGAAAACUCCUAAAAAUUCUAAAUAAAUGGUGGUGCCAUCUCGACUCCAAACACCGAACUUUCUCAUUUGACGAAUUAAAAAUAAAUAAGCGCAGUUUGUGGAGUUUUCUACAAUCUUAGCCCAGUUGUUAAAUAAAUCUCUUGGUGUCCUAGCAGAAAAACGCUUUUCUGUAGCCACGUGUUGACAUUAAUCGAGGUGUGCGUAAACUAAUCAAAAUAGGCAGGUGCCGAAAUCAGUAUUUUUUUGAAAUGAUCUCUUCAUAAAAAAAUAAGUGUGUAUCAAAAGAGGGAGGCCCCAAGGAACCCAUUUAGAAAGAGAGCAAUAACCCGCAAAGAUAGAGAAGAGUUUCCAAUCAAAACCCAACCAGUCUGUGUGUGUUACCUGCAUGUGAUUCAGUGAAAACACUUUUUCGAGUAAAUAUAUAAUUCAAUGUCGAAGAAAAAAACUUAUCAAACGAGUACUAGUCUAAUAUCGCUGUCUGUCUAUCUGUCUGUCAAGCAAUAGGUUUGUGUAGACACGUUGUUUUAGAGACAGGUCUUCAGUUUUUGCUGUGGAGUGUUUGUAAACUACUAUAUAAAUAUAUUAAGCUCAAAUUCUUGCGGUCGAGUACGCUGUUUUGCGUUUUCGGCGGAAAUUGUUUUUUCUUGAUAAGAUCUCGUUGACAUGCUGGAAAUUCUAUCUCGCGUUCGUUGUGUUAUUUGCGGAGGAAGCGCGCCGAAUUCUCCCCCUCGCUGUCCCUCAACUCAAUCAAAUAACAGUUUUUAGAGGUGUGUACGUCCCAUUCUUAUAAGCGUUUGCUCAAUAUGUAUUUUUAGGGUGCAGCACAUUCUUAGAAAUACCCUCUGCCCUCGUCGAAAUGUGCCAUUUUUUAAUAAUCUUUCCUAUAUUAGAGAUUGACAUGUUUAUUUUCUUUAAAUUUGUCUACAGGAAAAUGUAAAUCUAUAUCGUUUGUCAAUGUCUCUCAUCUGCCAAUAAAUUUCUUCGUUACAAAAACAA